AUGAUCAAGGAGAAGAUAAGUUCUAAGGAAUUGCAAGGUGUUCGUGUUUCGCCAUCAGCUCCUGCAGUCUCUCAUUUGCUCUUUGCCGAUGAUUCUUUUCUCUUUCUUCGUGCUUCUCGUCGUGAAUGUCAGCUUCUAAUGGCUCUUCUUCGUGAGUAUGAAGGAAUCAGUGGUCAACGGUUGAAUUUAGCAAAAUCUGCUGCUUUUUUCAGUCCUAAUUUGGAUUCCUCUGCUCAGAGUGAGUUAGGCACGUUGCUUGGGGUUGGAUCUAUUGGCCUCCUUGAUCGGUAUCUGGGUCUUCCUUCACUUGUUCAGCGAUCAAAAAAGGAAACUUUUAGGUUCGUGGAGGAGAAGCUCAUGUCUGUUUUGCAGGGUUGGAAAAUCAGGACACUGUCUAUUGCUGCGAGGGAAGUGUUACUUAAAUCUGUGGUUGCGGCUCUUCCUAUAUAUACUAUGUCUUGCUUUUGGUUACCUGCAGAUCUCAUCCGACGCUUGAAUUCCCAUAUGGCUCGUUUCUGGUGGGGGGCGGUUCAAGGUCAGCGUAGAGUUCAUUGGAUAGCAUGGAAAUCUCUUUGUGGCAGUAAACAUGAAGGUGGAUUGGGAUUCCGGGAUUUUGGGUGCUUCAAUCAGACGUUAUUGGCUAAAGUUGCAUGGCGUAUCCUCACUGAGCCGGCCUCUCUUUUGGCUCGUAUUCUUAAAGGGCGAUAUUUUGUUGGUCAUCAUAAUUUGCUGGAUGCCUCGUGUGGCUCAAAUUCGUCGUGGGGCUGGCGAAGUAUCCUCCAUGGUCGAGAUUUACUUUCUCGUGGGUUGCGUUGGCAGGUAGGUAAUGACUUUUCCGUACGGGUGUUUGAAGAUGCUUGGUUACCCACAUCUCCGCCGUCGAUUCCUUCUCGUAGACCUGGUGCCCCUGUUUCUUCCCCGUUUGUUUCGGCGUUGAUUGAUCCGGGAUCUUGCACUUGGAAUAUGGCAGCCUUGCGUCUGUUUUUCAAUGCUGAUACUGUCAAGCUCAUCUCUUCAAUUCCUCUUCCGCAAGUCCAAAUCCCGGAUAAGUUGAUAUGGCAUUUUGAGCCAUCAGGUGUUUUCCAGGUUCGGUCUGCUUAUCAUCUUGCUUUUCAAUGCUAUCGUUCUGGAGUUGGUAGGCCUCGUGUAAAUCAAAUGGAUCAUGAUAUGUGGCUUUGGUUGUGGAAUUUGAAAUUGCCACCAAAGCUUAAAUUUUUUGUUUGGCAGUGUCUUAAUCGGAUACUGCCAACUAGGGAGGCCUUAUCUCUCCGGGGUCUUGAUAUAAUCCCGAUUUGUCCGGUUUGUGGACGGAAGGUGGAAUCGUUAGAACAUCUGUUUUUUAAUUGUUCAUUUGCUCGAAAAUUGUGGAGCUUGGUUGGUUUUCGUUCUCAGCUUGCAGGUUGGGAUAAGCGUUCAUUUGCAGGUAUGGUUCGGGAGGUGCUUUUUCAUAAGAGCGGGAGGGUGAAUAAUUCUUAUUUUAACCUGCAAGUUAUAGCCAUGUUUUGGCGUAUUUGGAAGAACAUGUGUAUGGUUCUUUUUGAUCAGCAACAGGUCUGCUUGGAGUCCAGGGCGGCGGAGUGGCGUCAUCAGGUGAAUGAAAUUGAGUAUGCCUUCUUGUCCGCAUCUCUUUCCCCGGCCAUCCCGCUACCAUCUUCUGUUCCUACGGGAUCAGCGUUUCCGCAUGAUGUUCAUCAAUUUCAUGCUUCUUUCGACGGUGCCACUAGGAGGGGGGAUGCAGGUGCGGCAGCGUAUGUGAUUGGGGACGGUUCGUCUGAUGCAGGGAUGGUGUUUUCAAUUGCAGCUGCGGCAACCAUUUAUGCAGGGAUCAAAGAUGCUCAUGUUUUGGAGACCCUAGCUCUUCGGGAUUGUCUCAAGGAAUGCAGCACAAGACAACUCACAUCGCUUCUUAUUACGAGCGAUGCGAAGGUUAUCCUGGAUAAAUGUUUGGCUGGGGAUUUCAAUGAUUCUAAGGUUGGCGCAAUUUUGCGUGAGAUCAAAGCCUUGUUGGCUGGUUUUGGGGGGUAUUGUGAUCUACGUUUCGUAGGUCGUCAUAGGAACAGGGAGGCUCAUUUAGUGGCCAAAAAGUCCCUGAGUUUGUCGCCUCGGGUCCUGUCGAGGUUCGACUAUGUGUCUUGGUUACGUAGCUUGUAA